AUGAUUGCCCCAGGCAGACCAGAACAGUUAUUACUUAAAACCUUCCCCAAAUUCCACUCUGGGGAGAAAGUGCUGUGCUUCGAGCCUGACCCAACCAAAGCGCGGUAUGAUGCCAAGAUUGUCAAUGUUAUUGUUGGGAAAGACAAAAAAGGCAGAAAGAUCCCAGGAUAUCUGAUCCAUUUUAAUGGUUGGAACAGAAGCUGGGAUAGAUGGGCAGCCAAAGAUCAUGUGCUGCAUGAUACUGAUGAAAAUCAUAGAUUACAGCAUAAAUUGGCAAGAAAAGCUGUAGUAGCUCGCCUGAACACAAGAAGAAAGAAGAAGUGCUGUAGGUUACCUGGUGUUGACUCUGUCUUAAAAAGCCUCCCUGUUGAAGAAAAUGAUGAAAAUUCCAUAAGCAGAUCCUCUGAUGACAAUGGUGAAGAAAAGAAUGAAGAAAUAAGUAAAGGAAGUGAUAUUGAAGUAAAGACUGAAGUAAAAGAAGAACUAGAGCUGCAAACAAAAAAGGGAAUGGAAGAAAGGACAAUAACUAUAGACAUCCCCAAAGUUCUGAAGAAGCAGCUUGAGGGUGAUUGUUACUAUAUUAAAAGGAGGAAAUGGUUAGUGAAACUUCCAUGCCAGACCAACAUCAUAACUAUUUUGGAAUCCUAUGUGAAGCAUUUUGCUAUUAAUGCAGCCUUUUCUGCCAAUGAGAGGCCUUGUCACCACCAUGCUAUGGUACACACCAACAUGAAUGUGCAUUAUGUCCCAACAGAAAAGAAUGUUGACCUUUGUAAGGAGAUGGUGGAUGGAUUAAGAAUAACCUUUGAUUACACUCUCCCACUGGUUUUGCUUUACCCAUAUGUACAAGCUCAGUGUAAAAAGAUUACUUAAUCUAAAUUUUUUCUUCCAAUUAAGGAAAGUGCCACAAACACUAAUAGGAGCCAGGAAGAGCUCUCUCCAAGCCCACCUUUGCUGAAUUCAUCUACACCACAGUCCACAGAGAGUCAGCCCACAACUGGUGAACCAACCAACUCCAAGAGGCGCAAAGCUGAGCCAGAAGCAUUGCAGUCUCUGAGGUGGUCCAUGCACCAUAGCACCAACUGUGACAGACUGUCUGAGAGCAGUGCUUCACCUCAGUCCAAGCAAAGGCAGCAGGACACGUCUGCCAGCAUGCCCAAGUUGUUUCUGCACCUGGAAAAGAAGACACCGGUUCAUAGCAGAUCAUCUUCUCCUAUUCCUCUGACUCCUAGUAAGGAAGGAAGUGCUGUGUUUGCUGUCCUUGAAGGGAGAAGAAUUAAUGAAAUAAAUGAGGUCCUCUCCUGGAAGCUUGUGCCUGACUAUUACCCUCCAGGUGACCAGUCACCACCACCCUCUUAUAUUUAUGGGGCACAACAUGUGUUGUGAUUAUUUGUAAAACU